ACAUUUUAACUAGGUAACUUCAGCUGCCAUAAUGCAGAUUUUUGUGAAAACCCUCACUGGCAAAACCAUCACCCUUGAGGUGGAGCCAAGUGACACAAUUGAAAAUGUCAAGGCAAAAAUUCAGGACAAGGAAGGUAUUCCUCCUGAUCAGCAGCGUCUGAUCUUUGUGGGAAAGCAGCUGGAAGAGGGACGCACACUCUCAGACUACAAUGUCCAGAAAGAGUUCACCCUUCACUUGGUGCUGCAUCUCUGUGGAGGAAUUAUUGAGCCUUUGCUCCGCCAGCUGGCCCAGAAGUAUAACUGCAACAAGAUGAUCUGCCGCAAGUGCUAUGCCCCCCUGCACCCCUGUGCUGUGAAUUGUCGUAAGAAGAAAUGUGGCCACACCAACAACCUGAGCCCAAAGAAGAAGGUCAAGUAAAGAGCAUGGCAGGAACUGCCCCCAUCUCUUCUCCU